GACAGACAGACAGAGAGCAAGAGAGAAAGGGAGAAAGGAAUAAUAAUAAUAAUCACAACAACAACAACAACAAGAACAUCAGUUAAAAGAGGAAUCCGGUACCAUGUACUGUGGCAAAGAGUUUUGACACAAUCCUUUGGAUUUUUUUUUUAAUCUGUGUAUAUCUGUAUAUAUUCCUGGAAAUCACAAAGACGCUUGGGUUAGCAGCUCCUCGCUUUCAUCUCAUUUCGUGGCUAACAUCCGGUGGCUUUUGAUAUACCGUAUCUUAGAGCUAUAUCUCUAUCUAUUUAAAAUAAGCUAUUUAUAUGACAAUGAGCUCCUAUUUCGUCAACUCCCUCUUCUCCAAGUACAAAGCCGGGGACUCCUUGCGCCCCAACUUCUACGAUUGUGGGUUUGCCCAGGAGCUCGGAGGGAGACCGACAGUGGUGUACGGGCCGAGUACGGGAGGCACUUUCCAGCACCCCACGCAGAUCCAGGAGUUCUACCACGGCGCCUCUUCUCUCUCCAGCUCCCCUUACCAGCAGAAUCCCUGCGCCGUAGCGUGCCACGGGGACCCCGGCAACUUCUACGGCUAUGACCCGUUGCAACGACAAAGCCUCUUCAGCGCCCAGGAAUCCGACCUGGUCCAAUAUCCGGACUGCAAGCUCGCCUCCACCGGCCUGGCAGGAGAAGACGCGGACAAUUCCGAACAGAGCCCGUCGCCCACACAGCUCUUCCCCUGGAUGAGACCGCAAGCAGCCGCUGGACGGAGGAGAGGCAGGCAGACCUACAGCCGCUACCAGACCCUGGAGCUGGAGAAAGAGUUCCUUUUCAAUCCUUACCUGACCCGCAAGCGGAGAAUCGAAGUGUCGCACGCGCUGGGACUGACCGAAAGGCAAGUGAAAAUCUGGUUUCAGAACAGGAGGAUGAAGUGGAAAAAGGAGAAUAACAAAGAUAAGUUCCCGAGCAGCAAAUGCGAACAGGAAGAGUUGGAGAAACAGAAAAUGGAAAGGGCACAGGAGGUGGAAGAGGGCGGAGAAGCACAGACGGGGGACAAGAAGUAGGCGCUGGUAGGCGCUGGAAGACUGGACAGGCAAGCCUCAGAAAGCCCCUCGUCCUUCCAUUAAUGCCAGUUGAUGUGAGAAGUGGUGGUGGGGGAUAAACACUGCUUUAGGGGAGGGGAUCUCCCCUUUUAUUGCUGUAAAACAAUAUAGCUGUGAACGUCUACUUCUCCCGAUUGUCCUUUGAUACAUACAAUGAACUAUUCUAUAUAUUUAAAAAAGAAGAGAGGUCUUGGGGUCUUUUUAGCCUUGUUGUUAUUUUUCUUUUCCUUGACAGUUAAGAAUUAGUAAAUAGUGUGAUGCAAUAGCUUCUGUUAACCAUGACUGUGAACAUCUCUCUCUCUCCCUCCCUUCCUUCUUUCCUCCUUCUGUCACCUCUUCUGGUGUUCGCACUUCCCUCACCCUCAUCAGGGUGACAGGUUACUCUCUCAAUGUUGUAGAAAUUAUGUAAAAAUAAUGUUCUGCACUUUGGAAGGCUUUCCUCCCUGCCUCCCGUCCUUCUUUCUUUCCUCUGCCCCCUCUCUUUCUCUCUAAUAUAAAUAUAUAUAGGAAUUAUGUGAAAAUGAUACCUAGUGCACUUUUUAAAACAAACUCUGCCCUCCUCUCCUGUUCUCUCUCUCUCUCUCUCUUCCACUCUUUUCUUGUUGUGGUUAAAUUCUUCUGGAGGUAGCUCUAAAACACACCCAACAACAUGAAACUGCCUACUUAUGCUGUAGUUGUCUUCAUUUUUUAUUGUUGUUGUUGUUGCUUAUUUCCUACCUAGCUUUUGGCUUCCCAUUUUGCUUUUUUUAAAAAUUCUUUUUAUGUGUCUAUCUUUUAAAGGGGGAGGAGAGGAAAA